AUGGAGGAAAUCGUUAUUGAAGCACCUACUAAUGGAGAUGCAAAUUCAAAUUUAAUGAAGCAAGAUCUUUCUUCUCUUAACAUUGAUGAAAUAACUGCUCUUACACCUUGUGUCAUUUCAAGACAAGCAACAAUUAAUAUUGGUACUAUUGGACAUGUAGCUCAUGGUAAAUCAACAGUAGUUAAAGCAUUAUCAGGUGUACAUACAGUCAAGUUUAGAGAAGAAUUGAAGAAAAAUAUGACAAUUCGUUUAGGUUAUGCUAAUGCUAAAAUUUAUAAAUGUACAAACCCAAAUUGUCCUAAACCAGGUUGUUAUAAAAGUUAUGGGUCAGCUAAGGAAGACAACCCAAUUUGUGAAGUACCAGGUUGUGGUCAUAAGAUGCAAUUAUUAAGACAUGUUAGUUUUGUAGAUUGUCCAGGUCACGACUCAUUGAUGAUGACAAUGCUUACUGGAACUGCUGUUAUGGAUGGGGCAUUGUUGCUCGUUGCAGGUAAUAAACCAUGCCCACAGCCACAAACAAGUGAACAUUUAGCUGCAGUAGAAUUUAUGAAAUUGAAACAUAUGAUUAUUUUACAAAAUAAAAUUGAUUUGGUAAAAACUAAAGAAGAUGCACAAAAGAAUUAUCAACAAAUUAAAGAAUUUGUUAAAGGAAGCAUUGCAGAAAAUGCGCCAAUUAUUCCAAUUUGUGCACAAUUAAAAUAUAAUAUGGAUGUAGUUUGUGAAUACAUUUGUCAUUCUAUUCCUGUUCCACAAAGAGAUUUCAAAGUUAAUCCACGGAUGACUAUUAUUCUUGCUGGUAUUGUAGGUUCAUUACCUCCUGUAUUUGUUGAACUUCAAAUUAAAUUCUAUUUGUUAGCUCGUUUAUUAGGGGUUGAAAGUAGUGAUGGAGAAGCAUUAGUUAAGCCAUUAGUUGCUGGUGAUAUUUUAAUGAUCAACAUUGGAAGUACUCAUACUGGUUGUAAGGUUAUGGCUUUGAAAGACGAUAUGGCUCAAAUCUCAUUGAUGAAACCUGUCUGUACUACUGUUGGUGGAAAAAUUGCUAUGUCUAGAAAAGUCGAAAGAAGAUGGAGACUUGUUGGAUGGGGAGAAGUUGUUAAAGGAACAAAGAAAGUCUCUGAAUAA